AUGUCUUCAACCCAAGAAGUAACUGAACCAUUGAAAAUUGAUGAACCAAAAACAAAAAAAUUAUUUCCGUCGUCGGCUCUAUACGAAAAUGCUAAAUCGCUAGCUGCUGGUGGAGUUGGUGGUGUGUGUGCCGUUCUUACCGGUCAACCUUUCGAUUUAUUAAAAGUUCGCUGUCAGUCCAACCAGGCAUCUGGGACGCUUGACGCGAUUCGUAUAAUUUUAGCCGAAUCUAGGGCCUUGCCGGGAAAUACUGCCAUCAAUGCAGUUCGAGGCUUCUACAAAGGUGUCAUUCCACCCCUUUUGGGGGUUACUCCGAUCUUCGCGAUUAGUUUCUGGGGUUAUGAUAUGGGUAAGCGCAUAGUUGCUCCUUUUGGAGCGUCAGCGACGCUAAGUACGGCUCAGAUGGCGACUGCGGGGUUUAUCUCCGCAAUUCCAACUACACUUGUGAUGGCGCCAAUGGAACGCGUCAAGGUGGUAUUGCAAACUGGUUCUGCAGGUUCAAUGGGUGCAGCUGCUAGGAAGAUUCUUGCAACUGGUGGUAUUAGCUCAUUGUUCAAGGGUUCGCUUGCAACUUUGGCCCGUGAUGGACCAGGUAGCGCAAUUUACUUUGCUUCCUACGAAGUUACGAAGGCGUGGCUAAAUGGCGGUAAGGAUGCGAAUGAAUUGAGCAUAUCUAGUGUCUGUUUGGCAGGUGGUGUGGCGGGUAUGUCUAUGUGGAUUGCGGUGUUUCCAAUCGAUACAAUCAAGACUACUUUGCAAUCCAGUCAUGUGCGCCAAGGCAUGCUGGAAGCAACUAAACAAAUCUACAGCACCCGCGGUGGUGUGCGCGGGUUCUUCCCAGGGCUGGGACCUGCGUUGAUGCGUGCAUUCCCCGCCAAUGCAGCUACUUUCUUAGGAGUUGAAAUGACACGCUCCCUUUUCCUCAAGUACGGUAUAUAA